AUGGGAAAACUCGUUUUAUUAUUUAUUGAACGAUUCAACAAAAACGCCACUCGAUCUCCUCCACCACCACCAGGUUUUGGUUUUGCUCUUAAAUCGAAAGUUAUACCAUAUGAACGAAAAACUCAAUAUAGAUUAUAUUAUUUAUAUGAUGGACUUAAACUUGAUUUUUUUGAACAAACUCAAUAUAGAUUUUAUGAUUUAUACGAAGAUUUUAAACUUGAUAUUCAUCUAAUCAUUAUUGAAAGAUUAUUAACCAUUUGUAUUUACAGUCAACCCAACGAACACCAAAAUAAUGAAAGCGAAAAAAAAGAAGCUCAUAAAAAAAGAACUAAUGUUAAAAAACGUCCAACACUCUUAUCUCAUGAAGCCAGUGCACUUUCUUCUAUCUGUUAG